AUGCAACAGUUGGUGAUAAAGGUCAUCUUCUCCACACUGCUGCUUCUAGCAGUGGUUCCCUCUGUGUGCUCACAGUCAGAUUGUUCUCUAGCCGAGUCAUGUGACCUGUGUGUUGGCGACUCCAUGCUCAACCUGACAGGCUGUGUCUGGAGGCUUUGUCCAAAUGGUAAUGACACAGGCAUGUGUGUGACUGAUGAUGGCAGCUCGGCAGACAACGGCAUGAAUUGUAGCUGGACCAGAACGUCUGAAUUGUGCUCAGUUGUAGAGACUGAGGGAGAAGGUGACUCAGGUAAAUUUUUCACUGUAAAGCCAUCAUCCUCUUCCUUUUCUAUCCCUCCAGGUGAUGGAAAUAACACAAAAUCGUUCCCAGAGUUCUCCCAGGCCAAGUUUGACAUGUCCAGUUUCAUCGGAGGCAUCAUACUCGUGCUGUGUGUGCAGGCCGGCGGCUUCUUUGCUAUGCGCUUCCUCAAAUCCAAAGAGCAGAGCACCUACGACCCCAUGUGA